AUGCCUCUGCAGCCGGAGGGGAAGCUGGAUGGGGUCGGGGGUCAGUAUGGAGGCCUGAAGCCCAAGAGGAGAUGGCCAGGGUCCAGGCGGGAGAGGCUGGAGGUCCACCCCGGGAUUUUGGAAGAGAGUCGAAGAGAAAGCCCCCGGCAGCUUGGGGGAGCCCCCACCCUGCGCCUGCAGCCCUGCCGGGAACCGGGGGCGAUCCCGGGGCUGCGCCUCCGGGUAAAGGUCCCGGGACAGAGGCCGGGGACAAAGGACGCGGACGCCGCCAGCCCGCGCGCAUCCCUGCGCAGGCCCAGGGCCUCAGUUUCCCCGCGCGCCCCCCGGCGGCGGCCAAUGGCUGCGGCGCCCCGUUCGGGGCGGAGCCGCGUCACGUGCCGGGAAGACAGGCGGCGCGCCCGGGGCGCACGGGGCGGAGCGGCCAUGGCAGGCGCCGGGGGCGGCGGGGCGGCGGGACCGCCCGGGGGCGCGCGGUCCCCGCGCUGCAGCCUGUCGCUGCCCGCAGCUCCGGAGCCGCUGUCCCCGGCGGGCGGCGCGGCCGAGGAGGCGCCGGACGAGGACGAGGACGAGCCGGAGGCCGAGGACCCCGAGCGCCCGGCGGGCGCGGGCGGCGCGCGCAGCGGUGGCGGCGGGGCCGGGCCGGGGGGCGGGGCCGGGCCGGGGGGCGCGCUCCCCAGGCGCGCGGUCACGCUGCGGGUGCUCCUCAGAGACGCGCUGCUGGAGCCCGGCGCCGGGGUGCUGUCCAUCUACUACCUGGGAAAGAAGUUCAUGGGGGACCUGCAGCCGGACGGGAGGAUCGUGUGGCAGGAAACAGGGCAGGUGUUCAACUCGCCCAGCGCCUGGGCCACCCACUGCAAGAAGUUGGUGAACCCAGCCAAGAAGUCCGGCUGUGGCUGGGCCUCCGUCAAGUACAAAGGCCAGAAGCUGGACAAGUACAAGGCUGCCUGGCUCCGGCGACACCAGCUUCAGGUGCCCACAGUCACCGCUGAUGAGAGCCCGGCCAGCGAAGGGGAAGAGGAGGAGCUGCUGAUGGAGGAAGAGGAGGAGGAGGUUCUGGCAGGGGUCUCAGCGGAGGACAAGAGUCGGAGACCACCAGUGAAGGGCCCCUCGGAGCCUGCCCACCCGGAGGCCACGCCCCCGGGGAAGCGGGUGGAAAACAAGAUCCGGGCGCCCGUGCGCUACUGUAUGUUGGGCAGUCGCGACUCCGCCAGGAACCCCCACACCCUGGUGGAAGUAACAUCCUUCGCAGCCAUCAACAAGUUCCAGCCCUUCAACGUGGCCGUCUCCAGCAACGUGCUGUUCCUGCUGGACUUCCAUAGCCACCUGACUCGCAGCGAGGUCGUGGGGUACCUGGGGGGCCGCUGGGACAUCAACAGCCAGAUGCUCACCGUGCUGAGAGCCUUCCCCUGUCGGAGCCGGCUGGGGGACGCGGACACCGCGGCCACCAUCGAAGAGGAGAUCUACCAGAGCCUGCUCCUGCGGGGCCUGUCCCUGGUGGGCUGGUACCACAGCCACCCGCACAGCCCGGCGCUGCCGUCGCUGCAGGACAUCGACGCGCAGAUGGACUACCAGCUGCGGCUGCAGGGCUCCAGCAACGGCUUCCAGCCCUGCCUCGCCCUGCUCUGCUCCCCUUACUACUCAGGCAACCCGGGCCCGGAGUCCAAGAUCGCGCCCUUCUGGGUGAUGCCGCCCCCUGAGCAAAGGCCCAGUGACUACGGCAUCCCCAUGGACGUGGAGAUGGCCUAUGUCCAGGACAGCUUCCUGACUAAUGACAUCCUCCAUGAGAUGGUGCUGCUGGUGGAGUUCUACAAGGGCGCCCCUGACCUCGUGCGGUUCCAGGAGCCCUGGACCCAGGAGCACACCUACCUCGACAAGCUCAAGAUCUCCCUGGCCAGCAGGACGCCCAAGGACCAGGGCCUGUGCCCCGUGCUGGAGCAGGUGUACAGCAUCCUGCAGCAAGUGAGCUGAGGGCACCCGCCUCCAGGACCCAGGGCCCCUGGUCGGACUCGGCCUCUCACCCCUGCUGGCGCCCGCCCGGCAGCUCUGGGCGAGGGCAACGGGUCUGGGACUUGGUGUGUGAUUGCGGCGGCAGGGGCUCCGAUAAUAAAGGAGAGAAGCAAACAGCCCCGGCUGUGUCUCGCCCCAGGCGCGCAGGCUGAUGUCGGCCACGCGGGGUGCAGGAGGGGACACUGUUCACGCAGCCCUGGGUGUGGACCUCCUGGGGCCUCAGGGACUAACUGCCACGCGGGUGACAGGUAGAUGACCGCUGCCCUUCCCCGGCUCCCUGCGGGGCCCAUGUGGGCCCUG